AUGAUGUUGGGGUCGCCGGGGCAACAGCCUGGGGGGGCGGGGUCUGGGGUGGUGGCGGCGGCAGCGGCCGGUUCUGCCGCCACUGCAGCCGGCGGGGCUGGGGGUGUCGCCGGCUUCCCGUGCGGCGGGGUGUCAGAGAGGCUGCUGGCGCGCUACGUGCAGGACUACCUGGAGUGCGUCGAGUCGUUGCCGCUGGACAUGCAGAGGCUGGCCUCGCUCCUGCGCGAGAUGGACACGCGCUGCCGGGAAGCAUUAAAAGAAAUUGAUGAAGUGUAUGAAAAAUACAAAAGUGAAGAUGAUCCUGCUCAGAAAAAGCGUUUGCAGCAGCAUCUUCAGCGAGCCCUUAUCAACAGUCAAGAGCUUGGUGAUGAGAAAAUCCAAAUAGUCACUCAGAUGCUUGAGUUAGUGGAGAACAGAGCUCGGCAAAUAGAGUCUCACUCUCAGUGUUUCCAAGAUCUGUCAGAUACUGAAAAACCCAUUGAGAAGUCAAAAGUGGAUCCUUGUCAACCAGAAAGAUCUUCAAGAAGGCCCCGGCGGCAGCGUACCAGUGAAAGCCGUGACAUAUGCCAUAUAGCAAAUGGAAUUGAUGAGUAUGAUGACCAGCCACCUAAAGAAAAGAGAUCCAAAUCUGCUAAGAAAAAGAAGCGCUCUAAAGCUAAACAAGAAAGGGAAGCUUCUCCAGUAGACUUUGCAGUAGACCCUAAUGAGCCAACUUACUGUCUUUGUGACCAAGUGUCUUAUGGAGAAAUGAUAGGAUGUGACAAUGAACUAUGUCCCAUUGAGUGGUUUCACUUUUCGUGUGUUGGACUCACUUACAAACCAAAGGGGAAAUGGUAUUGCCCCAAGUGCAGGGGAGACAAUGAGAAGACUAUGGAUAAAUGUACAGACAAAUCCAAAAAAGACAGAAGAUCGAGGUAGUCAAUGCUGUAAAUGCAUUGAAAGCUGCGUGGUUUUUAUUAAAAACUGAUUAAUAAGCAGAUUAGUAUUUUAGAAUAAUGCAUAAAACUAUGCAAUACUUUUUAAAGUCUACAGUACUAAUGGAGUAUUAAUAGAUAUUAGUACUUUUUGUGUGCUUUUGAAUAUUCUGCACUAAAUAACCAAAUUCUUCAAACAGGGUCACAUUGGGAGUAGCACAAAGGGAAUUCAAGAGUUCUGGGUCCCUCGCUCUUUUUAAUUGUGGAAUUAUGGUGAUGCCUGAUGAGGAAGGACUGGAGUGAUAAUCAUGUUAAGACAGGUGUGUUAACAUCUAUUGCAGUUGCAACUUUAGUCCAUGAUAGCUCAUUCUGCUGAGAACAUGUUAGUUCUAUGAUGCUUUUAGUCUUCAGAGUCUUAAAGAUAACAUUUUUGAAUCGAGAUCUACAGUCUAACUUUACAUUUUAAGUCUGUCAAGGCGAAAAGCCAAUCUACUUGCCUUCCCUGUGAUCUCCCUAUAUGUCACUAACUUAUUUUAUGUUAAUCUUGUGGUGGUGAGUUUAGAAGUCUGUUUAGAGAAAGUAUAUUAAACGAUGAAAUACUGAUGACUAGAAAAGUUUCACUUGGCAUUAUAAUGGCUGUUCUAAACUGAGGCUACUUGUUUUUCCCAUUCUGUCCCUUAGCUUUUUAACUCCUGUUGUGCCAUCUUGCCACUGAUUCAUUGAAUGAUGGCAAGAACAUAUAAUCAUGUUGAAAAGUUUUAGACGUUCAAAGGAUGUGCAAGUACUAUAAUAUCUUUCAGUCUGUGGACAGUUAUAAGAGUUUGCCUGGACUAGUAUUUUAAUUGAAUUUCUUGCUUUCAAGGUUCUUAGGGCUGAGCCAAGUGCAGUAGUAGUUAAAACAACUGCCCUCUUAUAGAAGAGGGUUACAGUAGAUGUAGUUGUAGAAGAAAGGAACUAUGCUCCUCAAGUGUAGUGACUCUUAGUAAAACCUUACAGUUAAGAAACCAAGAUAUAUUUGGAAGAGACAAUAACCGAAGGUGCUCCAGAACCAGACAUUGUGUCUUUAAUAAUUCCAUGCCAAAUGUGAUGAUAAAUAGCUGUAGUCUUGGUCUAGCUGUCUGACAUAAUGCCAUAGAUAUUUCCAGAGUAAAUUCUUCUCUGGCAAGUUAGGGAGUUCCAUUUGCAUUUUACAGGUGUUACAAUGUGCAUGCAAGGCAGCAGCAAUGUAAAAGGAUAAACAGCCCAAGAAUAAAUUCCAGUAUCAAAUUCUUGUUUCUACCAUAACAAAUGAAAUAACAUUUCUGUAGCCCUGUUGUCUUUUUACUGAGCUUUGAAAAAGUUUUGGAAACCACGGAAAUGAUUUUGAUUACAGACUAUAAACCAGAUGCUUGUUAAGGUGGAUGGCUUCAUUUUGUAAGGUGAGAAGCAAUAUCUCUGGACCCUUAGAUAUUACCCAGCUUAACUGGGAACUGCUGCUCUUACACAUCAGGAACAUCAUCAGCUGAAUUAUUGCUUCUGUGCUCUGUAGAGGCAUACGACACUUGUUUCAUCUCAACCUGAAACGGUGUCUCAUGAAUUUCCUGUUGCUAGACUGAUCGUGAACUAUCUCCCAGCCCAAAAUGGAAUAGCCUUCUUCCAUAAAUGGUAUGUCUUCUGUUUUUAAGGGGAAACUAACUGCAAUAUAGCUGUAAAUGUGUCUUAAUUUUGAAGGUUUACAUGCUUUCCCCCUUCCCCCUAUCUUGGAACAAAAUCAUGCAAAGGGCAGGAAAAUUAAGUCCCCAAACUACUAGCCUACUGUUGCAGUUGCCACCGCCACACACGUUCCUCUUUGAUGAACAAGGGAAAGAGCCUAUAUUGUACAAUAACUUGAUCCCAGGUGAUUGAGUGAGACUUGUGAGGGGUUUUAGUUUUAUUGGCCACUGUGUGCUUAACACCAUACUCUACAACUUCCAGUGCUCAUAAAGCUACUUGUGUACUUCAGGUCUGUUUGUAGGCACAGUAAUUCUGCAAACAGAUAGUACUGUGUGCAUUAAAUAUCUGCACAACUGCUAAACUGGAAAUGCCCUGAAGAAUCUGCAAUUCCUAUGUCUCCUCUACUUCCGAUGGAAACCUGACUCUUAGCCCUACUUUAAUAAAAUAUUUUCCAUUUUUAAGAAA